CUUGCCAAUGGUUUCUUCAUCUGUGGAUGCUUUGUGUCUGUUUGACCAGAGGACCAAAGCCCUUUCAGGCAGGCACAUUUCAGCACAGCCAUGGACAUCUAUAAAACAGAUGACUGCUGUGGGGCAAAGAGCUCUGUUCCCUUAGGAACAGGCAAAACAGGCAGCACCUCAUUCCAGCCCGGUGGCUUCAAGCGCUGGGAAGGCUAACACUUUGGAGAUAAAACUCCAUUCACUGCAUUAAUUUCCAAAGAGGUACAUCUUAUAUCUAGGAAGGUAUCUUUGCUGAUAUGACAGCAGGCUUAAUCACGUGGGCAGCCUCUACUUACCCACCUUCCCUGCCUGGAGGGGAGCAGGGACUGGCAAUACAUUUUAGAGAAGAAGUCUUAGGCUGUUUGGUACAAGAGGAAAAUAGAGUAGGCUGGAAGGGAAAUGGAUUUUAAGAGGGUUUUAUUUGGCUUUUUAAUAUGCCGAGCAUCCUUUAAGCAGUAGGAUAAGAAUAACCUUGCCCCCAUUCUUGAUGAUAAAAUCCCCACUGUUGGAUAAGAGCCAGACUAAAAGUCACUCUGCUUGUACUUUGUGCAACCUCUGCUACAGAUUUUAUCUUCUCUAAGUAACAUUAUGCAAAAGUCCAGAAAACAGAAAGCGAAUACCAAUACCACUUCCUUUAUGUUGACCAAUUCACUGCACAGGAAGAAGCUUUGUGAUAUGAAUAACCAUCAAGCUGUAGCUACAGUCAGGGGUCUGUAUGAGCACAGGAAGAGCAGUGGCUCUAAGUGCUGUGGAUCCCUAGCAGGGGAAGAUGGGGAACUCACAGCAAGCUGGAUGGUGCAAGAAGCCUGCAUCACCCAUGAAAACGAGAGCUGCCUUGGAAGUGGUCAGGAGCACCACAUGGACUGUCGUUCUGCUCACCAGCACCGCAGUCACAGGAGCUACAGGAAUUAACAGAGUGUCAGCACACCUGGGUCACAGCGCUGUGAUGACCUGCCCUAACAAAACAAAUAUAACUAUGGUAACAUGGAAAAUAAGCCCCAAGACUGGAGGCCAAUGCACCUUUGCAUACCUGAUUGGUAGUAACAAGAGAGAAAAAACCAACUGCAGUGACAGAAUAAACUGGAGAUCCAGACCAGACUGGGAUCAUGCACUUGAGAUACAGCAAGUAGGAAUGGCUGAUGAGGGAAAUUACACCUGCGAAGUGGUAAAUGCAGAUGGGAAUUUCCAUGGCCCGUAUCACCUGACUGUGCAAGGAAUUAACAGAGUGUCAGCACCCCUGGGUCACAGCGCUGUGAUGACCUGCCCUAACAAAACAAAUAUAACUAUGGUAACAUGGAAAAUAAGCCCCAAGACUGGAGGCCAAUGCAUCUUGGCACACCUGAUUGGUAGUAACAAGACAGAAAAAACCAACUGCAGUGACAGAAUAAACUGGAGAUCCAGACCAGACUGGGAUCAUGCACUUGAGAUACAGCAAGUAGGAAUGGCUGAUGAGGGAAAUUACACCUGCGAAGUGGUAAAUGCAGAUGGGAAUUUCCAUGGCCUGCAUCACCUGACUGUGCAAGCAACCCACACGCAUCUCCCCCCUUCCUGGUGCUCUGCAGUUUCCCCGAGAAUGGCUCUGUACUGCGAUGACCACGGGAACCCUGUGUGCGAGGCAGAGACAGAGAAGCCGGCUGCUGAGAUCUCGUGGGUCCCACAGAGCAACUCCACACCCAGAGCAGACAGUCACAGUAACGGGACAGUGACAGUUCUCAGCAGGUUUGCAGCACAUAGCAGCGAUGGGAAGAAUCCUACCUGCAUCGUGUCCCACACAACUCUGAACGAGGCCAAGUCCAUAGACUGCUCCUCACCACACAGAUAUCUUAUCCUGUGCAUAGCCAUCGUUCUCAGUUUCCUGAUCAUCAUCACGUUUGCGGCUGUCAUUUACUAUUUAAAGCUCCAUGGUUACAGAUUCUGUCGCAAAACCAAACCUCCUGAUAUUGUUCCUACAUAUUCCUUGCAGGAUGACACAGUGGAGGUGGAACCUUAUACUACGUAUGUGCAGAAGGAAAAUGCAAUUUACAACUCAGUAUCUGAUCUGACAUUGAGGCAGAAUCUUCCACAAGGACAGUCACCAGCAACAUGAGUGAUUCAGCAACACUGGAAAGGGGAGAGACGAUUUCUAUUACUAAGACAAGUCACAGAAAGAAAUUUCUCAAAGCAUUUGGCCAAAGUGGGAGGCGACAUAGCUCACUAGGUCUCUUUAAAGAUAUAUGUUAAUCGAUGAGUCUGCAUAGUUCUUUUUUUUUUUCCCCUCUUUUUUGCCUUCCUCAUUGGUAAAGGAAAGAGAUGUCCUUUUUUUCCUAAGGAAAAUCUCACUGACAUCAAGACAUAGUUUUUCCUGGAAAAAAUACGCUAUGAUUGGUUUUCCCUUUGCUGUUCUUGCAUUGGACAUUCUAGUUUUGUUGGUCACUUCUAGGCAUUACUUCGAUACUCUUGACACUAUGUUGCAUACAUUUGGGAGAUGGGGAGAGUGUUUAAGUCAAACACCCUUCAGUUAGCAGCCACUUUUUCCUAAUUGACAAAUGACUAACAUAAUGGCUCUGAUCAUCACAGAACAUUUUGCCUAGCAAAAGGUAUCAGUAGGGAAGAGCUUCAAUCUCUCUGCUCUGAAAAUGGAAAUGAGUCAUGAACGUACAAGUUCAUUCACUAAAAAAAGAGACAUCACUAGCAUGCUGAUUUAACUCGUUAGGUUUAUGCUCAGUAUUUCCACUAAACCUGUCCGUUUGGUUAGUCAGAUAUUGCUUUGAUUACUUUUCUAUAAGACUAUCUGGAGAUGGGGUCUUCUUAAAUGUAUUGGCAUUAAAGUAAUGUAAAAGAAUUACAUUACUCAAAUCUGGUAAGCUAUUUUUUAACAGAAAUUAACUUCAAGUAUUUCGCAAUGAAAAGUUCAAAAUAUUAUCUAUAACUGUGCAAUAAUGUACUAAAAGGACAAAGCUCCUGAUGAUUGUGAUAUUUAUUUUAAGUGCAACUGGAGAUAUUUUACUCAUAUGUCUAGAUCUUUCAUUAUUUUUUUUUUAAUGUAACUGCAAGUCCCCUUUGUUGCAUGUAAAUUAGCUUGUAUAUUUUAAAGUGUCUCAUGUUAAGGUGAUUUCUUCUCAUCUUCCCAAAACAUAUUUUCAGAAUAAGUAAUAUAUAUAUAUAUAUCUAAACUAGCAGCUCUCAAGAUUUUUUGACUGAUGUCUUACUAACUAAUGUAUAAACUGGUUUACAGUAACAGUAAAGAGAUCCAUUUGUAAAUUUCUGUUUACUGCCUUUUCUUUCAGUAUUUGAAAAGACAGAAUGAGUAGCUGGCCUGAUGGUAGGAUGAGAAGAACAGGAUUUUUCCUUUAGAUCACAGAAUUCUCUUUCUCACAUGUUGCUAGAGUUCUCUUUUGAGGUAGUCUCUUGAGGGCUAUGCUUAGAAAACAGACUUCUACAUUGACUGAAGUUCUUUGAAUGCAUUACUCAUGUAAACUGAUGUGAUUAUUGAUUUUCACUCUAUGAGCUGUGAAACAGCUGCUUUUGUCCAAGUGUUCAUAUGUAUGCAAGUAUUGCUUUUCUCCAUUUCAUUGUCAUUUUGAAAUGUGAUGGAUCAAAGCUGCACAAUGAAUUUAGCAUACUGAAAUAUAAAUCAGCUACAGACAUGAAGGUCUAAAUAAACUCCAAUUUCCAGUGUCUUCCCAAA